AAUAAAGCAAAACCCAAAAAGAAAACACAAGCAGCAGCAGCAUAGCUAGCUGCAAAUCAUGAAUUGAACACAAGAUGGCUUUUUUAGUUGACAUGAACAGAAACUUAGCAGCUCUCUGUCUCUCAUUGCAACUCUUUCUCAUUUGAGUGAGUGAGAGAGAGAGAGAGAGAGAGAGAGAAAGAGGAGUGAGACCACUCUAUAGAAGAAACGAAGACACAUACACUAUCCAAGAAUUUUGGAUCUUUAAAUGGAACUGGAGAUGGAGUUGGAUUCUGAGAAGAGUAGCAUCUCAGAUCUGAGUCCUAAUACUGUUCUUCCUCAUCGACGUUGUUCAGAAGUUGAAAAGAGAAGUGUGAAUGGCAAACUCACACGCAAAGAUGAUAUUUUGAGGGUAAAGGAGAGCUUCACUGAGAUUAGUUUCCGUCGUUACCGUAGUUCCUCUUGCAAGAAUGUUCUGUCUAGACCUGUUGGUUCAGAAGGUCACAUAGAGCCAAAGCGAGGCUCCAUGUAUCAAAGCUCCAGAGAAGUAAGGAGAAUGAAGGAAAUGGGCUGUAAUGAGGAAAGGAGAAAAAUUGAACUGUCGCGUGCUAGUGACACUUCGUUUUCUUUCAGAAUUGUUGACUCUCUGCAUUGCUUAGAUGAAGAGACCAUGCAGAAGAGAUCUCCUGCAAGCUCUGUGAGCUCAAACUUGAAUCCAAAGUCUGUUCGAAGACCUUGCAUAGAGCCAUGCUCAUCAGAUGACUUCACUGAAAUUUGUCCAAAUUUGGAUAAGAGAGAUAAACAUUCUGCUGGAGUUGUUGGAAGUGACUCGAUUGGGAAUCCAAACUUCAAAUGUGAGCAAGUUGUUGGUCCACUAAAUGAUGGUAAUGAGCUUCUGGAAAGAGAUACAGCCCUGACAUUCCAGAAAUCACUCUCUGCUAAGGUAGAAAUUCCAUGUUCACCUUCUUCUUCAGGAAGUUAUUUAUCUAAUGGAGCCAGCUCAAAGUCCCGAUUUAGUCCCAUGCGGAUGAUGUUCGAUCCAUUCACAAAGUCCAAGUCUCUCCGGAGUCCGUUAGGUCAUGUCCCUGAACCAGGUGAUGCCAAAACUACUGGGAUGUCAAACAUGAGAAGGAAUCAGACAUUUCGGAAAUAUUUGUUCCAUGACUUCUCACAUACAGAUCAAAAAGUAGAUUUUGAUUCUCAGAUUGCCAAGAAAGAUCACCAUCAUUCAGCUGUAGCGUGUUCACCAGUUCACCUACAUGGUCGACUGAAGUUGGAAAAUAAACACGGGGUGCCAUUUUUCGAGUUCUCAUUAGAUUUCCCUGAAGAAGUUCUGGUGGCUAAGACAUGGAAAGCAAAUAACGCAUUUAAUUGGGUCUAUACAUUUCACUCCAUUUCCAGUAGAAAAAAGAGCAAUGCCACAGGAUGGGGGUUGACUGAUGGCAAUAAGGAAUCGUUGGUAGGGCAGAUGCAAGUUUCGUGUUAUUUAUGUUCAAAAUUAAAAGAUGGUGGGAACUUUGACAACUCUAUGGUGACAGAGUUUGUGAUGUACGAUAUUGCGCAUGCAAGACACAGAGUUUCUACUGAAGACUCCCCUGAUGUUAGACCUGACAGCAGUGCCAAUCCAGGCUUGGUUGGUGGAAGUCAUGAGAUGGGUGGUAACUCUGAUGCAGUGAAGCUCAAACAUCAACCAAAAUAUGCUUUUGAUAGAAGCCACUUUGAUUCUUCCAAUCCUUAUCCACGGGCAUCUGCAGUUUUGCAUCCAGACCUUGAAAUAGCAGCCGUUGUUAUUCAACUCCCAUUUGCAAAGAGAGAGAGCCUGAAAUUCAAAAGGGGGGACAAGGGUAGUGAUGAAAUGCAUUCAAAUCUGCUCAACCUUUCUGUUGGUGAGCAAAGGAGGAAAACUAUACCAGAUAAAGAAAAUCCAGAGAACGUGAAGGUGGUGAUUCCAACUGGCAAUCAUAGUUUGCCAAGCGGUGAUAGUCGGGGUCCUUCUUCAUUGCUUGAUAGAUGGAGAUCUGGUGGAGGCUGUGACUGUGGUGGCUGGGAUAUGGCCUGCCCCCUUACCGUUUUUGGCAAUCCUGGCAUCCAAUGUGCUGAAGAUGAGCCACUCUUGGAUAAUCAGCGGCCUCUGGAACUUUUUCUUAUGGGAACAAAAGAGAAUAUACCAGCAUUGACCAUGACAGUUCUUGAAGAGGGUCAAUAUGCUGUUGAUUUCCAUGCACAAUUAUCCACAUUGCAAGCAUUUUCCAUAUGUGUUGCUAUAUUGCAUGGUACAGAAGCCACUGGUGUGACUAGAGAGGAAAGAGGCAAUCAGUUAUCACAUUGCAAUUCACUGAAAAUGCUUAUUGAGGAGGAAGUGAAGUUCUUAAUUGAAACAGUCACGGAGGAGGAGAAAAGGAAAGCAUCCAAGAAAGUGGAAGGGAUCAGGCAGUCUUACGUGCUUAACCCUCCAUUUUCUCCAAUUUCUCGGGUAUAGAGUCGACAAUUUGCUUUGUAACGCUGAAUGCUUCCUGUAGAGAAACGCUGAUCAGGCUUGCAAAUAACUGGAACCAAAAAAAUCCAACGAAGAAAGAGUUUUUCAUGAUCUAAAAGGGGGGGCUGCAGGAAGUGGCCGGUUGCAGUAAUCUUUGCCGAGGCUAACUAGCAACCUUUAAACGGCUGUGCUCGUCAGGAUUUUUUCAAUGUAUUAUUUGAUUCUAUUUUGUUUUUCCAUUUUUCAACUAGCUAGAAAUAGAAUAGAAACUCAUUGCUGUCCAUAAUUGUAACUUGAUAGGGAGGGAGAAAGUACUGAGUGGAAAGAAAGAAGGGGUCUUAUACUUUUUUUUUUGUAUUAAUAUAUUUGGAGCUAUGAAGUUCAAAAUUGUUUUCACUUCAAAAUAAUGAAUAAUGGAUUACUUUAUCCUGGUUAAA